CAUCCUUGGAUUUGAACAAUGCAUAACCACCUGUCUUGUUCUCCACCCAAACCCAAUUUUCUUUCACAAAUUUUUGUCUAGAAUCCUAUAGAGACAGGUUAUCCAAGAACAAAUUGUGUCUGUUCUAUCAUCUGGAAAAACAAAUCUGUCACGCGAAAUUGAUUGUUUUGUUCAUCAUCUGUUUAUUCAUGUUGCAGAUAUUGAUGAAAUUCAAUAACUGGCUCCUGCAUGGAUUCAUGAUCACAUCUUUUACCAGGUGACAUUCAUCUAAUUUUUGUGUGUUUUGAUGAUGAUGGGGGGGAUCAAACUUUUAUGGGGCUUCAACAUUUACAUAAGAAUAUGCAAGAGAUGUAGAUUUUGAUGAAAAAUAUAUGAGAAUAAUGCACAAAUUUCCAUGGCACAAUUGAGAUCCAUGAAUCAGAAACAAGCAGAUCAGAAGGAAACAGAAGAGAGUGCAACAGAACAAAGCUUUGUGACCUGUAUACACCUAGCCAAAAUUGCAGAUUUGCUCCGAACCAUCACGGUAACGUGGUCGAAAUCUUUGAUAGGCCACACCCUCUCCAUCAUUGUGGAAAACCCUUCAGAGGACAACCACUACACAUGCAAGAUUGACCUGAAAACCUGGCAGUUUUGGGGGAAGAAAGGCCUAAAGUCCUUCAAUGUAGAUCAAGAACGCGUCGAUGUUUACUGGGAUUUCAGGGCUGCUAAAUUCUCCAGCAGCCCCGAGCCCGAGUCAAACUACUACGUUGCAUUGGCCACGGGAGGGGAGGUGGUCAUAUUGCUCGGGGACCAAAAGAACGAGGCCUUCAAGAGAACCAAGUCGAGGCCUCCCGUGGUGGAUGCAACUUUGGUGCACAAGAAAGAGAGUGUGUAUGCAAAGAGAUGCUUUUGCACCCGAACCAUGUUGGGGAGAGGGAAAAGGGAGCACAACAUUAUCAUAGAAACCGACCUCUCGGGGCCCACUGAGCCCGAGAUGUGGAUCAGCGUGGAUGGGAUAGAGUCGGUUCGGGUGAUGAACCUCAACUGGAGAUUCAGAGGGAAUGAAACAGUGAUGGUGGAUAAUGUGGCAGUGGAUGUGUUCUGGGAUGUGCAUGAUUGGAUGUUUAAUGAUUAUAGUACUAGUGUUGGGCCAGGGGUUUUCAUUUUCAAGCAAGGGAAUGGUGAUAAGGAAGGAGAAGAAGGAGAAGGGGAAGGAAACAAUAGCCUUUCUCAAACAAGCUGUGAUGAUUCACAAUCCAGGCCAUCUGAAUUCUGCCAUGUUUUUUAUGCUUGGAAAACUGAAUGACCAUCUUGUUCUUGUCACAUUCUUUGUGUAAUGAUGCCCUUUUAUUUUAUUAUUAUGAUCCCUUUGGGUUCACACUUUUUUCACAUUAUCAAAACAACAUUGUAUGUGCUAAUGUUGCUUGAGUAAAUGGAUUUCAAUUUUUUUUUUUUA